GAAGCCAUAUUCGUCGAUUUGAAUCUGUAGUUCAGUUAGCAUAACUGCAUAUCUGUAAGUUAGAGUGAGCCACUUUUGAAAGCCCCACAUUUAUUACUUAUACCAUGAAUACUUAUAAGAUGUCGGCUGCGUGUUAAGGCGACAGUGCGUGUGGAACAAUGUAGCGGCAGUGAAGUAAUGUCAACUCAUCACGACUUUGCUCCUUUAGUAUGAGCUCGCUAUCACCCCAGACUCUAGCAUCAAGCUCAUCAUGCAGGACCCUACCUGGAGAGGGAAAUCAGGUACAGCCAAAGGCCCCGCUCCUGCAGAUUCUGCGUGUUGCCGGAGCCCAGGAAGAAGUCUUCACACUCAAAGAGGUGAUGCACUACUUGGGUCAGUACAUCAUGGGGAAGCAACUGUAUGACAAACAGAGGCAGCACAUCGUCCACUGCCAGGAUGAUCCUCUGGGAGAGCUGCUGGAGGUGGAGAGCUUCUCCGUCAAAAACCCGAGCCCGGUGUAUGAAAUGCUCAAGAAGUACUUAGUUGUGCUUGGUUGUUCUGACGCUGCAGAGAAUCUUUCUGUGGGCCGUGAAUGUGUAGAUGGCGGAGUGGAGGAUCGUGGUCAGUUGUGUGGAGGUUUGGUCAAAGCAGGGCUGGAGGCUGUCAGUGACGUGCCUCUCCUGCAGACCCCCUCCCAGAGACGACCUCGGGAGCCAGAUGAUGACUCCCUGGAAGGCCUGCCACGGUCAGCCUGCAAACGGCCCAAACUGGAUGUUACUCUGGACGAGUGGGACCUCUCUGGCCUACCCUGGUGGUUUCUGGGUAAUCUCCGAAGUAACUACAGCCGUAGGAGCAAUGGCUCCACUGAUAUCCACACUAACCAACUGUCUCCUGCACAGGAAGAGGACACAGCCAUUGUGUCAGACACUACAGAUGACCUCUGGUUCCUGACUGAGGGCGAGAGUGAACAGGUGAGUGUGGAGAUGAAAGAGGCUGCGCUGGAGGAAGGAAGCGGAGGAGAAGGGGAGCCUCCGCCUGAGGAUGAUGAUGGAGGAGGCGCAGGGAAGGAGGAGAAAGCGGAUCGAGAGAUGCAGGAGGAGCCAGAUGAGGACUCGCAGUGUCUCAGUGAUGACACUGACACAGAAAUCUCUACACAGGAUGCGUGGCAGUGCACAGAGUGCAGGAAGUAUAACACACCUAACCAGAGGUACUGUGUUCGCUGCUGGGCUCUACGUAAGAACUGGUACAAAGAUGUCCCUCGACUCGCCCAUUCCCUCUCUGUUCCUGACAUCCCAGCAUGCAGCUCGCUCACCACCCAUGAUGAAGAAGAUGACAGCGACACUGGCAUUGAUGUCCCAGACUGCAGCAGGACGGUGUCUGACCCUGUUAUCCUGCCCUCCCACUCCACAGCUGACCGACCCCUGCCCACCAUGAUUACAGGGAAAAGCCAGGCACAGUGGCCCUCAAGCUUCCUCAAGGAUGAGCAGCUCUCAGACGGGGACAGUCAGGAAAAUCUGGGGAUGGAGGUUGAAGAAGUUAGGCCUGAGGCACUGUUGGAGCCUUGCAAGCUCUGUCGAGUGCGACCACGCAAUGGAAAUAUAAUACACGGACGUACGGCUCACCUGCUAACCUGUUUCCCAUGUGCAAGGAGGCUACACAAGUUCCAAGCUCCUUGUCCAGGGUGUGGGAAGAUAAUUCAAAAAGUUAUUAAGAUAUUCAUUCUAUAAAAGCCCGCAAACACAAGCACACACAUCUGUCAGUCUCUGGGCAACUAAAUAACAUAAUAUAACACACAUUCAACCACACCGCUGCAUGCACUCUGGUACACACACACUCUGACACACACACACACACACACACACAGAAAAUGUGCACCUUACCUUUAUAACCUAGACAGAUAUACACAAAGUAUAGCACUUGGUAAAGCUUGCUCUUGGUUGCAUGGUUUAUUUUGCAUCACACUGCCACUGAAGUAUUGCUAGAUGAAACACAGGAGUUUGUUAUACCAAAUGUUUGUUUUGGUGCCACAUUUAAAUAAGGGACACACACAAAGGCAGAAGUAUUUAUUUAUUUAUUAGAAGAUCACUUAAGACUUUUUGGGAGGUAUUAUUUGAUUUUAUGAAGGCUUGUUUUGUUUUGUUUUUCAGGCUAUCAAAUUGGCUCACUGAAUUUUGCAUUGCAUUGUUGAAUGGUGCCAUUUAGAAACUAGUGCUUGCCUUAGAUCUGCCAGUUUUGUUUGAUUUUCUUUCCUCUUUAGAUUCACUUCAUUCAUCUCGGCAAAACUGGAAAAGUCAGCGCAGGUAUGUUACUACAAUCAAAUUUUUUUCAAGCAUCUUCUGGACAGAUAUGUUCUCUGUUCACCCUUUUAUUUUUAUCCUCUUAGGUUUUUCUGGCUCAGAGAGUUGAGUUAUGAAGACAAGAUUGAAGGAAAAACAGGAAAGAGUCUUAAAACCAUGAAUUUCCUUUUUCAGCCGCUGCAGCUCCAUGAAAGUAUCCUCAGAAGCUUUUUCUUAAAAAUAUGAAAUCUCUCAGCAUAAGUGAAUGUACUGUAAAAUACAAAUGUGGUCGUUUAAGUCCUGUUUCUCUCAACAUAGUAUUUUAAAAAGUUAAAAAGUAGAAUUUAACCUGCUUGAGAAUGCACAGCUGAAGUAUUUACUGUAAUUUCCUCUUCGGGUAGUAAUUCGAUAUUAAUAUGUAUUCAAUAUGUACAAUUGCCAAGCCUCUGAUAGUUAUGCCUGCAGUAUCUAAUGUUUCAUAUUUGUUGGUUAAAGUUUAAAUUGUUAUCAUUCAGAAAAGGGUACUUACUUUAUACCUUUUCCUGGAAUUAUGAUGAAUGAACAAUUUCUGUAUAUCUUGUAUUUAAUUUAUUUAUGAAUCUGUUUUAAUUGUUGAGAUGACCACCUCUGAUGAAGCAGAAAAACAGCUCAGUUGUUGCAGAGUUCUAAUAUGCGGUUUUGAGAUAAAAUUAGUUUGAAAGUUAUACAGAAAGUUGAAAGGAAACCGGCUAAGUUACCGAAUCUGCGAACAAGAUCGCGUAGUACUUAUUUGGAUUUGGGGGAUUGAUUUAAGCGUUACACUGCCAUGUAAUGACGUUGAACUUAAUUUGUAUAUAAUAGAUUUUAUUUUGAUGGUUCUGCUUUAUUUGAAGAUUGUAUAACUUGGAGCACAUACAUACUGUUGCUGAGCUGUCUAUAUAUACAGUGUGUUCACAAGUAAGAUGUCCAGUGACAGAAAGCAUCUAACUCUUGGCUUUGCUUAGCAUAGAGGGAAAUAUAGUCUGCUCUUUACUUGCGCUUGCUCUUUCUGCCAGUAGGUGGGGAGAAGUCUCAAUAUUGUAUCUGGUGCCCACAGAAGCUGUACAGUGCCAGUAAUGACAUGUGAUGCAUAUAUAGAGCAUGCCUCCUGCUGUGAGUAGAUCCAGCACUGAGCUGGUGUAAGAGAUAUAUUAGCUGUAUUAAAAUCUAUAAAAGAUUAAUGUAGCCUGUUGUAUUUAUCAGCACCGAUGUGAAAUAAGAACGGACAGAAACUUCCUCUAAAUACAGACCUCAUAAAAAAGUGCUCAAUACCUAUUUAACAGUUAAUCCACGUUCAGAAUGACAGACUUAAUUAGUUGCAAUUAUUGACGAAGACUAAUGUACUCCAACAUGGUACAGCUAAUAGUUGGGCUUUUUUUUUGUACUUGUUACAGAAUAAAAUAAUUGUUUUGUAAAGCAAUAAAGA